ACGGGAAUCAGGAACUGGUAACCAAGAAGUCUUGCUGGUAACGGCAUCUGCGCCAGUUUGGAUUCCCGAUUUUUUUAUUAUUUUGAUGAGGAAUUAGGCGAGAUUAGGCCGUUCGACCGAUCAAAUCGCAUGCCUGGGAUCGCCAAGAAGCGAAAUGACUGAUAUCUUCGCCAAACAUUCGUGCACCCACUGCCAGCAAGAUAUCGAAGGACUGAAAAUCAGGUGCGCUACCUGUCCGGACUUUGAUCUUUGUUUACAAUGCUUUGCGUGCGGGGCAGAAAUCGGCGGCCACAAAUUCAACCACCCGUAUCAGUUCAUGGACUCUGGUACGGUGAGCGUGUUCCAAGGCAAGGGCGGUUGGUCGGCCAAGGAGGAGAUGAGGCUGUUGGACGCCAUAGAGCAGUUUGGUUUUGGCAACUGGGAGGACAUCAGCAAGCACAUCGAAUCCAAGACCUCCGAAGAGGCCGAGGAGGAAUACGUGACGCACUUCUUGGACGGCAACAUCGGCAAGUUCACCUGGCCGAGCGCCCUGAACCUGAGACCCACCCUGAAAGAUGUGACCGAGCCCUGCGAAAGCAAAACCUAUCCCUUUGGUAGACCUCCUAUGGACGUCACCAAAGAGGAAGCCACCCUUUUGGGUUACAUGCCUCAGAGAGACGACUUUGAAAGGGAGUUUGACAAUGACGCUGAAACUUUGGUUUCAUCCCUUGCUGUGAAUGCUGAUGACGACGAGCUCGAAACAGCUCUGAAACUGACUCAAGUAGACAUGUACACAAGACGACUUCGAGAGAGAUCGAGGCGGAAAAGAAUAUCCAGGGAUUUUAGUUUAGUGACUGACUUCUUCAAUGCUGCCAAGAAGGAGAAACCCUUCCAGAAGAAAAAGAUUUCCAAACACGAAAAGGAGUGGAGGGAGUCGCUGAAAAUAUUCAUUCAGUUUCACACGAACCAAGAGUUCGAAACCAUGAUCUCAAAUCUGGUGAAGCAGGACGAGCUUCAGCUGCGGAUCCGCGAACUUAUCAAGUACCGAAAGAACGGAAUCACACGGAAGGAGGAGUGUUUGCACUUCGAGCAACAGACCACGCGGCGCCAGUUGUGGGGAAAGUCUAUUGAUAGCAGUCAUCCCAUCCACUCAGCUCUGUCAACUUCAUUAUCAAAAACCGAAGAAAAAAGAGGCGGAGGAAGCUCCUUAUCCAGCGCAAGAAGGGGCACACAGCCCUGCCAAAAAUCCGAAGAUAACUCGGACGAGGGUGCUUCGAAAGCGGACGAUUCAAACGUCCAGAAAUUGCUCUCGAAAACGGAAGCGGAACUCACUUUGAAACUGGGACUUCUGCCCGUCGAAUUCAUUUCCAUUAAGUCGAACAUUCUGCAAAAAAUUCGCGACCGCAACACCACUGAAACGUUCAACGCGUCGUGUGCCAUUGUACAGCACUUAACCUCAAAGAAUUUAAUCUCAACCUAAUCCGCGUGAAGAAGUCAUGAAAAGAGUUUUUAUUUGUAGUUAUAUAUUGCGUAAAAAUAUAAAUCACUUGUUUUGGUUUUGAAACUGA